AUGAUAAGAUUAGGAUGUCAUAAAAUAUUAUCACGUUCAUUUAAAAGCCCAUGCGUAAUCCUGGCAUUAGCAUUUCUUGCAAUCCUUGCAUCAACAAACGCACAAAUUAAUUGCGCUGAAGAAUUCUUCAGAGUUUCAAGAACAAAUCUCGAUGAAACUGAUUGCCACUUGUUCUUUGUGUGUAUGAUUGGAAGCCGUGUUGAUUUCUUCUGCGACGAAGGUACCAUUUUUGAUCCAGAAAGAAUUGAAUGUCGUGCCAGUUAUCCAGACACCUGUGAAUACGCAAUUGAUAUUGUGCCUUACGAAAAACCAAAGAAAUUUGAUUUUGACUUCUUACUGAAACACUAA